UACUAAGAGGACGUAUCGCGUUCGGUCCGGUAAAAUCUAAAGAAAAGUGUAUUUCCCGAUAAAUUCCGAAAUGUAAAAUAGUUACGUUACAAGGCAAAUGAUGUUGAACCUCCUGAAGCUGUUGAAUUAAAGGAAACAGCAUGUAGAAAUAUAACGAAACGACACUGACGGUACCGCGUUUGUGCUGCCACGAUUCGCUCUGUUUGUGAAAAUGUUGUUUUGAUUGUGAAUCCCCCCUUGUUUUGUGUUUAGUUAAAAUGUAUAGUUUCUUUAGUUAGCACUUUUUCUGUGCUGUUGUUUCUGGACGGAUUAUAAUUUUAAUCAGUGAAAAGUAAUCCCUCACAAACAACAAGUGAGUGUGUGUGUGCGCGCUCGUGGUCGAUGUGCGAGGUCAGCCAAGAUUUUCGUCGUACGGUGUUGUUGUGUAUGUGUUCCGUCCGUUCCGAGCGGCAACACAUGUUAAUGUUUUCAUGAAAUUGUGCAUUUUAUGUGCAGUUUUAUGCUCGCCGUUAAGUGCAGCAAAGUGCUCUGCCUGUGUGGAAGUUAUUGUUUGUGAUUGUUUUGUAAAGUUGAUCACUGCAAACGUGUAGCGAAUGUGUAUGAUUGGGUAGGAAGGCACGUCGUUCGCCGUCUGUCGAUAAAAAGUGAGUAGCAAAUAGCUACAGUAAGUGCAGUGUGUGUGUGUGUGUGUGUCAAAAUGAAUGAUUCAGGCGGUAGAACCUCGAGGUACCUCCUCACCGGGAUGCGUCGUGCGGUGGUGGGAAGCUUUUGCUGUUUCCUUCUCAUCAUAAGUCAGGCAGCAACACAGCUAAUAAUCAACGUACAAAAUCAGGGAGGCGAAAUCGUGCAGGAGACAAUAACGUCCAGUGUUGGCGAUGAAACAUGCACACUAGAGUUCCAGCGGAGUGAUGGAACGCUUAUAACAGAGCUGAUUGACUUCAAAAGCGAAGUACAGGUGCUGAAAGCGCUCGUGCUCGGCGAGGAAGAACGGGGCCAGAGCCAGUAUCAGGUGAUGUGCUUCGUGACCAAAUUCCAGAAAGGAGAUUUCAUCACUGCCGAUGCGAUGGUAAAACUACGACAGAAAAAUCCCAGCACGAUCCGAACGCCGGAAGAGGACCGAGGGAAGGAGAACUACACGAUGACCGGCUGGGUGCUGCUGGACCGUGCCACGCCAAUUUCGCGUCACGUGGCACCGUUCUGCGUGGAGGCGCAGGAGGCCACGUACGUGCGCGAAGCUGACCUGCGGGCGUGGGCCGAACUACCAGGAUCAUCGAUUUCGAUACUGGAGUCGGCGGUGAAGCUGUUCCCGUCGGCCAACACCGUUACGGCACCGUCGCGGUGCAGCGACGUCAGCGCCAUCUGGGCACCGUGUCUCUGCACGCUCGAGAUGUGCAUCGGCUGGUACCCGUGCGGGCUGAAGUACUGCAAGGGAAAGCCGGAAAGCGCACUGCAGAACAACGGGGGCAGCUACCGGUGCGGGAUCAAAACGUGUCGCAAGUGCCACCAGUACACGUACUACGUGCGCGAGAAGCAGCAGUGUUUGUGGGACGAAUGACCGAAAAUGGGCCAUCGGUGCCCUCAGCAGCAACCUUUAGCAGUGGGAGUAGAAGCAGUAGCAGCGGUAGUGGGUGCAGUGGCAACGACAACAGCAUUCGAUACAUCAGAACAUCCGGCUGACGAGCAGGAAGGUCCAUACCAUGGCCGUGUAGAACGGGUCAGCGUUGCCGGAAGCAGCAGCAGCAAACACUUACAAACACGUCCGGGAUGGAGCAAAACACGCAAACCAGAGCACUACAGUGCAGCCAUCGAUUACGGUAAUCGCCACCAAUAUCGGGCAGCUCGGACGGAACAGCAACAGCAACGGUUUGCGGCCGAUUACACCAACCCUCCAGGGCAGCAACAGCAUCAGCAGCAGCAGAACAGCCCAUCGUCGUCCUGGUGGGUGUCGUCGCUAUCGGACCUGCUGCUAAUCGGAACGCUGCUACCGAGGGCGGUGCAGUGGACCGGCAGCAAAAAGCAGCACAAUAGUGGCACUGUACCGGCAGCGACCAUUAGCGACAGUAGCGAACGGCGGGCGCCCUCGGUAGUGGUAUCUGCAUGCCGGGCCCAACACGAACCAGAUGAUCGGUGGAGCGUGCAGCACAAAUCACUAUCACCAGCAACAGCAGCAGCAACAGCGUUCAGGUGUGCCGUUGUGGUGGGCAAUGCACCGCCGUCAACCGAAACAAUCGGUGAAUUUAAUUUUACUCAACCAAUAUCACCACCACCAACAACUCCAUUGCCAGCAACAGUGCCAUCGAGAGGGAGGGAGAAGGUGCCAGGCAGCACCAGAUACCACCAACCGUUUGUAGCCACCGCAGCACCACCACCCGCCAACGGUUUGCUGUUGAACGAAAUUAUUUUAUAGCACAAAAAUAGGUUUAAUCAGAAGGACACAUCCUCUUUUUUAGGGCCUACGUUUCGUGUGGUUUGUUAAGCAGAGGAGCCUUUUUUUGUCUGUGGUACCUGUCCCUGUCGCACACUGACGGGAACAGAGCAGCAAUUUCCUAAUUCUGUAAUCUGUUCCGCACGACGGCUGUUUUCCCCUUAGGUGCGGAUUUUAUGACCAACCGUAAAUCGGUCGGAUAGGAUUUCAAGUGUCAAACGCUGAGCAAGUGGUAAUACGACACGGAUAGGUCGUUUGUGUAGCGAGGAAAAAGAAGAAAAAACGUAAUUUCGGUGACCAUUCGGCAGCUACAAGGCUAUGAAUUACAUCUUUCGAGAAAAAAUCUUCAAACAUUUUAGGGGCUUCAGGCCAACAGACUGGAUGAAUCCAGUAAAAUCGAAGAGUCCUAAACCAUCAGUGAGUUCCAUGCCACCCGAAUCUCGCAUGUAAUGAUCGAUCUUUUUUUUUUGUGAUCACACUUUGUCAUCAUUUUCUUUCUUCAGCGCUUAUCCGUAAGAUUUCAAGUUAAAACAGGGCCCCCGGUCGCUCUAUAGUUCUCCAAGAUGUGCUAGUUUGUAACUGGAUGAGAAGGAUUUAAAAUAACGCACAUACACGGACACACAGUGGAAAUGGAUCGGAACCGCAUUACAACAAAAGGCCGCAAAUGCCGCCACAGACAAGCAGCGGAACGAUGUUCGCCACGGAUCGACACGGAACCUUACGGUGUUUGUGUGUGUGUGUGUGUGUGUCUAAAGCUAGAGUUCAUGUGGUAGCGAAAAAAAGGAAUGGUGAGGAGAGGGAGGAACGAACCGGACACAGUAUUAAAACACUCAAACGAAAUGGGAAAUGUACGAAGCCAUAAAGAAACCCGUAAAGAACAGCCCCACGCCAUGCCGCGUUCCUUCUGCGCUUUACGCGCCACCAGUUCUAUUCCCUUUCAUUUUCUGCUCCGCUUUUUCACUUCACUCGCCUUUUAAAGACUGGCCAACGCCGUUGGAUUCGACAUAUCCUUGUGCAAGGCGUGUGCGUUGAAGUUGAUUACAUUCCUAUGGGUUGGGCGUGCGGAUUUUGUGUUUUUAUUUCCACCAAAGGUGUGCGGCCACGUUCGUUUGCCUUCCGUUAGGAGAGAUUCUUUAAAUUUUUUGUGUUUUUUUGCUCUCCUUUUCUCUCUAUGUGUCUCUUUUAUCUCUUUUUGGUUUUCAACAACGCGACUCGCAGUGUGUCCCUCCCUUCUAGGGCGAUGAGUUGAAGCAUUAGCCAUACCAGCGAUGAAAUUAUUUCAAAUUCUGCCCGGUACGUAGAAGGUAAAUGGCAACACCUUACGGUCGAGGUCGAUGGUGCCCCCUGCUCGGGGCAAGGCGGAAAUGGUUUCGCUUUUAUCUACUUUUCCUAAUCUCACUCGCACUCUCUUGCCAAUUUACUUUCCUUAAUUGUUUCUUCGGUGUGUCGUGCCAGGGGCAGCGCUUAUCCUUCGGCUGGGGGAGAGGUGAACGAGAACGCACCACCGUGCUUUGUGAGUUCGGAAAGGAAACGCUUUCACGGUUGACGCCCCCCUAGCUUGCUCGCCAGUCUCGCUCUGGAUGGUGCGUUUUUGCUUUCACAGUGUUUGCGUGUAACAAACCAACAACAUUCCGUGUUGCUCUGCCUCAAGUUGGAAAAGAAUGAGAAAAUUGCACAAUUUUGUUUACCUUAUGGUCUGAAGCAUACUGCCAUUUUCCCCCUCUCCCUUCCCUUUCUCUCGUUCACUGAAAUUGCGGUUUGUCUAUUGCUAAACGAUGUGUAGAGUGGUGGAGAUAUGAAUAGAAAAACCAUACUUGCCGCCGAGUUUAUACGCACAAAGCGCCUUACGACACACACACAGCGUUUUGUUUCUUUUUUCUUCGCUUCAACCUAAUUUAUAUUCCAACCGUUAUGAAAACAAAAGUGCACUUACUUUUGAAGCACUUGCGCGUUGCGCUCGCCAUUGCUGUCCUUCCUUGAAGAAUGGGGAGUCAAACACGCUCCGCAAGAACGCUCCGGCGCGGUUUGUCUGUGUUUGUCUGUGCUUUUCCUCUCGCCAGACCAGACCUCACUUUUCCUUCAUCUUCUCCGUUUGAGUGGUCAUUCGGUGAAGCUCGAGAACCAUGCCAUGAAAUUACUAUUUCGCUUGAAUUUUCAUAGCAAAUGUUGAUUUGUUUCGUUUACCUUUCGUGUUCGCUGUUCGGCGCUGCUCUGGCCAAGGGUGGAAAAAAUGGUGAAAUUGCUUCCAGUAUUCAUGCGCGCUGUUUUGUGGCUUUUUUUUUGUACUAUUCCUGGUGCUUCAACGAGUGAAUUGCAGUUGCUGGUGUGCGUGCUUUAUGUCUGGGAAAAAAUGAAGAACACAAAUUGAGUAGCCGGAGCCUCAUCACAACGUGAAACGUGCGGUCAAAAUUGCACUUGAAAUUCAUUUCCCUCUUUUAACCCGAACAUGGGAAAUGUAACGAGUUUUUCGCUGGAAUCUUCGUUUCGUUUCCGAUAUCAAUAUUUUUCGUACAAUAAUAGCGGCACAUCCUCUCCAUCUGUAACACUGCCUUCGGUAAAUGUAAAUGGCGCAGAAAGCAGAUAAACAAAAACCGUGCGCGUUCUCUGUCCAAAAAUAGAUGAGACCUGCGACCAGGCGUGUGUGUGUUUGUUUGGCGUGGCAAGCACUCAACAGGCAACAAGAGCUUUGAUGGCAAGCAAGCAAUGCUGCUAUAUUCUAUUUUCUCUUACCAUUUCCCUGCAAAACAAUAAUAUUCCACCAGGUGCGCACGGUUCACCGCCGUGUGACACCCGAGCGAAAGAAAAGAGGUGAAACACAAGCAAGAAACCCCAAAUAGAAAGACUAACCUAGGCGAAUUGUGGACCAUGUGACUGCUUCCGGAAGUGGUUCUCCUUCUCCUCUCGAUAGGGAAAUCCCGUUCUCCUCACCCACCCACCCGGAGAAAAUGCUUUCUCCUUCCGUGGUGCCGUUCCGUUUCGGUGACACUUGACAUCGUGUCGCAGCUCUUUGGUGGUAAAGCUUUUCGAGCCCCACCACUCGUGGGCGAGUGGUCUCUUCUUUCGCUUUCAAAAGAAAAUGUACUUACGCGUCCGAUGGGGGAGAAGCUGGGAAGAUACAAACAGCCAACCUGGCCCAAGCGGGCCAUAAUGAGAAAGGGAGAUGGAAAAGCCCAAAUCAAAAGCAGUCUUGCUGCUGCUGCUGCUGCUGCUACUACUGCUGCAGAAGGAAGCGCAGAGUGCCGUACCAAAACAAGAGGUGAAACAGAAACGCCCCGGCAAAAACACAGGAAACCGACGCAAAGCAUUCUUGCCAUUCUUGCCCGCUGUGUUGCCCACUCAAAGUUCUGGCAGGAUCUUUGUUUGAAUACAUAAUUUGUUUAUGCAGAAGUAGCAGCAGCAGCAGCAUCAUCGUGGUGAAGAUAGAAUCCAACCAGCGCUAGCCAAGACACGACACGAGUACUCGUUGCUGUUGGGGGUUUGGGUACGCCGUAGUAAGUUCAUUUCCUGUGUCUCGUUCCCCUUAUUUCGAUGUCGUCUGCUGGCUGCGUCGUCGUCAUACUGUGACGGGUCUAACUAGGUCCAACCUUUCCACUGCAGCGUCCGAGUUAUGUUUUUUUUCUUCUGCAAGCCAGCCUUCUACCUUCUUGAUGUGCACACAUUCCGGACGAAGCAACUACUCGUUCGACUAUGCUGUGCCAUUCCUGGCUAAAUUUGUGUGUGUGUGUAUACCUGCUUAUUUGCGGUGUUCCCGUUGGCUGGUUGUCGCUAGAAUCGUUUAUGUUUAUUUAUUGCUAUCUGUCUUCUUUCACCGGUUGGUAGAAAAGCUAGAGGAAACGUGUGUAGAGGGAGGUUCCCGGAGAGAGGACACUACAAGGAUAGGGCAAGUAAUUUUCGCAUUUGUAAAUACACGUUCGUUCAUUCGCUCUUGCCAGCGUUCAAACACACAAACAAACACAAACAAAGUAGAAGAAUAUUUUGUUCCUACUCAUCCCUUUUCAGUUGCAUUUUUGCUCCUCCGUUUUUUCCGUACUUUUUCCGCCACUUCAUUACUUAUUCCGUUCGAUCGACAUCCGGUAACGAUGACGGACCCGGAGCAGUGACACCGGGAACAAGAUGUUCUUGUGCUUCAUUUUAAACUUCCCAUUCGCCGGUCGUCACCACUGUACAGAUAACCGCUGUGACCGAACUCGAGCCAGCCCGAGCUCGGUGCACAGUUCGAGCAAUGCUAUACAUAACAAUAAAUAAUAAAACAGUAAUGGUACACAACCCCCACACACCACCAUGAGGGGAAAAGGGCCCAAGUGUAAAAGUGAUUGCGGGUGACGAAACCAUUACUAGCGCAUGUAGAGCAAACCGCAUAACGUGAAAAAGAAUAAAACCCCGUAGCUGACAAAGUACAUUACCGUUAAGAACAUAAUAGUAUUACAUUGUAAAGCGUAAGCAGUUGGUUGCUGCACUCUCCGUUACGCUAGCGUGCUUUGGAUGCUGUUUUCGAGAUGCUUUUGGAUGUUUUUGCGUUUUCUCUUCCUUCUUGCGAGGUCACAUCAUAAUUGUGAAAAGACAGCAAGGAAAGGAAGGUGCAAACACACAACCUUACGCUGUUUAAUACGCUCAAACACAUUGGUUAAAGUAAUUUAAGUAUUUAGUUUAACACAAUCCACUACACGCAACCCGCAAGUAUUGAACGUGACAAUACAGUAAAUCUGUUGUUUAAAUGUUUUACUUAUUUUUGCCAUUUUCUCUUCGUUUUCUCGUGAAAUCUGCUAUGUGCAACAACAUUAAAAAAAGUGUCUCAGUGCCAUCAGUACACGUGUGUGUAGAUGUGGGUGUAUAAAAGUGAAAGACUCAGAUUAGAGUGCGCAAAACCGAAACGCAUUACGAAGCAUUAACACGUACUAAUCUAAGCAUAACUGCGAUUAAACUAAACAACAAUAACAAACAAGUAAUGUAAAAACGUAAAAAACCCAUGCUACUCAAAACGCAAAACCGCCGUGAAUGGUGCUGUAUAGUUAAAAGAAGAACAAACAACUGCUAGAUUGAAGAAAAUUUAAAUAAAAUAAACAAACACUGCUACACAAACACGCAAAGAAAACGAGACAAAACAACAACAAAAACUUCUGCUAGAAAUCGAACGAAAAAAAAACAUACAUCAACAUAAUACGUGGCCUUAGCUUUCCUCUGAUACUUCCUUCUAAUACUACAAAGUAAGCAAAGCGUGAAUGUGUGCAACAACUUAGUCGUAUGGAGUAUAACAAGUAAUUAAAGCAUUUAUAAAGCGGGAUCACACAGUAGAAGUUAAAACAGAAAAAGAAAAUAUAGAAAAAAAGAAUAACCAAAACGCUAUUAUAAUCGGAAAAGAGACACAAGAGAAGCGAACAGACACAAGAAAGAGAGAGAGAGCGAGAAAAGAAACCCAGUAGUGUGAUAGUGAUAAAAGUGAACAUGAAAAAAAAUCAGUGAAAUAGAAAAAAAAACGAACGUAAACUCAACAGAAAAUCACAACAAAAUGCACAACGAAUAGUAAGAAACCCCCAUGCAAAGCUAACAAGAAGCAAAUGUGAAAGAAAGACUAAUUAAAUUGUACAGGAGCUCCGUUAGAACAGGAAAAAAAGAGGUAAACAUAAUAACCUCCAAUGAAGCCGGCACAAACGGAAAGACCUCGAUGUAAGCAACCCACUAGGCCGCCACAAACUGUGAAUCCUUGCGCGAGCCGAGCAUGAGUAGUGUUGCUGAAAAUUGGAAAAUGAAACUUGACCCGCUGGGCUCAAGCACCAAAGGGAAGGUGAACCCAACUGCCAACUGUUUAUUUUGUGCGUUAAAGUUGCCUGUAAGUAAUUUUUCAUGUUUCUCCAAAACCCACUCACCCGCUUCCCGGUUGGUUCUAUCUUCCGCUCACAGUACUGCAACAGCGCUGUGCAGGAACAGUAAUGAAUGAAUGGCGAGAGGAAAACUUUAGCGCCCACCGCGUGUGUUUGCUGGGCUGGGCCGGGAAGCCGUUAAGUUGGGCUGUAACUUAGACCUUACUCUCUCGUAAGUCAAUCAAAGCCCACCCCCAUCCCCCGGGCUGGGAUGGGAAAAUGGGACGACCCUUUUUGCCAGGCUGGAAAGGUGGCAGACCAUUAGUGUGACGGCAAAUAAAACCCGGGGCACGCCUGUGACACCGGGUGGAGGGUGUAAGUUUCCGAAAGUGUAAUUACUGCCUCGGCAACAACGGUGGAGUGCUUUCUGCCCCGGUCUCGGCUACUGCCGUGCGGUGAAGAUAGUUUCGCAAUGGUGCGCGAGUCAUCGGGUUAAAGUUGAUGGGCCGGGCGGGAGUUUUGGGAACGUCUUUUAACCGAUGCCAGUUCUAGUGGAACAAACACGCGCGCGCACGCGCGUUCGCCCUGUAAACGGCCUUUCGUGACCGUUUAUCCGCGAGUGGUGCGCGCACGAGUUUCGCUAAGAAUUAAUCAUGAUAUCUUAUACGGCCAGCGAAAGUUUUAUUUUCCCUUCAUGCCCUUUGUGGUUCCGCAAUGCAUCGUUUUAUUGCUUCUUGAGACUUUUCGUCAUGAAAUAGGGGUGCAUUUGGGGUGAUACAUUGUAUUCCAUUAUCGCUCAUACCAUUUGUAUUAGCAGAUUAUGUGCUUUGCUGACCAGACAUUCCCGAUUCUUUUAAUUAAUUUACUAAAUCCUUUUUUAUCCGUUUUACAAGACCAGUAAAGACAUUCAAACGCUAUAGAAGCAAAACGCACAUCCCAAUAAAACACACACACACACACACUAUAAAAAGAAAAUACAACCGAUUGCUAUACAUAACAAAUGACACUUGAGCAAACGUAAGGUUUGUAAAUGUAAAACAAAACAAGAUUAAAAAAAAGAAACAAACAAAACAAACCAAACGAAUAGGGCUAGCUUGUAAUGUAACCAGUGCGCGCGUACUAAACAUACGGCUUGUGCGAAACGUAUAUACAUAGUUAUAUAUAUAUAGGACAGAA